GAAGUGAAUAUUGAAUUUGAAGCACAUUCCAUAUCAGACAAUGAUUAUAAUGGGAUAAAGAAGUUACUGCAACAGUUGUUUCUAAAAGCUCCUGUUAACACUGCUGAGUUAACUGAUAUCUUGAUACAACAGAACCAUAUUGGAAGUAUUGUCAAGCAAGCAGAAGUCCAGGAAGACAACAGUGAUGAUGACGAAGACGAUGAUGAAGUGUUUGGUUUUAUAAGCUGCUUGAACUUAACAGAAAGGAAGGGUACCCAGUGUGCUGAGCAGAUCAAAGAGCUGGUUCUGAGCCGCUGUGAGAAGAGCUGUGAGCAGCACAUGGUUGAACAACUGAGCAAACUCCUGAACGACAGCACAAAGCCUGUGGGACUGAUACUGAGUGAGAGGUUCAUCAAUGUUCCACCACAGAUUGCUCUGCCCAUGCACCAGCAGCUUCAGAAAGAACUGACUGAGGCACAGAGAACAAACAAACCUUGUGGAAAGUGCCACUAUUACCUUCUUAUCAGCAAGACCUUUACAGAAGCCACAAAGAGCAAAUCAAAGAAGAGGGAAGGGAGAAACCAGCCAAAGGAGGAAUUAAUGUUUGCAAAUGCAGAGGAAGAAUUCUUCUAUGAGAAAGCCCUUCUGAAGUUCAGCUACUCCGUGCAAGAGGAAAGCGACACCUGCUUGGGUGGCAGAUGGUCCUUUGAUGAUGUACCAAUGAAGCCUUUGAGGACUGUUAUGAUAGUUCCAGCUGAUGGAAUGAACGUGAUUAUGGAUAAACUCAAAGACUAUCUCUCAGUCUGAACUUUACCU